AUGCGAUGGAUAUUAAAUGCUAAUUUUGUAAAUUACGUAUCAGAUCAAAGUAUUAUUUUUCUAAUACUUUUUUGCUUUUGGAUUAUUUUUUUAAUCUUUUAUAUGUCACGUGUUAUGGGACCUAUUACUGCAUUAAUUUUAACAUACAUUGCACAUAAAUGUGGAUUAAAAUGUUAUCUAAAAUUAGGUUCUUUAUCAAUUUCUUUACUAGCAGGAAAAGUUAUGUUUCGACAUUUCACAUUUAUAUGCGAAGAUUAUGCAAUUUAUUGUAAUGAUGGUUAUCUUAUCUUUUCAUAUUGGCGACAUAUCAAAUUCACUGAUCUUUAUAAGCAAGACUUGAAAGGUCGUUUACAUUUGAUAUUAAAUGGACUACGUAUUCAUAUAUAUAAUCGUUUGGAUGCAUAUCGAAAAUUAAAAAAAGAUUCUAAAUUUGAAAAACUUUUUAUGACAAUUUCACAACAACAACAACAAAAACAACAACAAAAACAACAACAAAAACAACAACAACAACAAAAACAACAACAACAACAACAACAACAAAAUGAUGAAAACAUACAUUCAAACGACAAUAUUAUUAAAACGAAUGAUAAAUUUGUGAAAAAUUUUUGGACAUUUAUUGGUACAAUACGUAUGUCAAUUAAAAAUAUUCGAAUAUACGUUGGAAAUCGUUUGCUACCAACUACACUUGUCAUUUGUUCACAGAAAGCAUUAUUUAUUGGACGAUUGGAACAAAUAAAUAAUACUAAACUUUUGGUAUGCUCAAUUAAUGGUUCAAAUUUUUCAAUUUCAUUAAAUACUAACAAUGAAUAUGAUUCAACCGAUCAACGAAAUCUUUGGAAAUGUUAUAGUGCACCUCGAAUAAUGGGAAGUGGCUUUAAAGUACUUCAAAAUGCUACAUUAAAAGCUAUUUAUCGUAGUAGUAUCUUUGCUGAUUCAUCAUUGAUACCAAUUUGUGAUUUAAAUAUUGAUUUUGGUGAAAAUGUAGCAAUUGCAUAUGGUCCAUGGGCAGAAGCAUGUCGUUCUGCUUUUGUUAGCUAUUUUUUUCCAACUGAUUUUACCGAUGCUAAAUCUGUUAAAUUACCGGAAAAUAACGAUCAUAAAAUACCACAAAAAAUUGAUAUUACAUUGACAAUGAAUGGUAGAACAACGAUUAAUUUAUGGUUUAUGCGAAACGAUGAAUUGAAUACAAUGACUGUAAUUAUCAAAAAUGGCUUAUCAAUAAGUAUUGAAAAACCAUUGGUAACAACCACUGAUGAUGAUGGAUAUAAAACAAAAAUACAAUUUAAUAUGAACGAUGUACAAUUUCUACUAACUUCUGCUUUUCGAAAAUUAAUUUCAUACGAUGAAAUGACAGUUCAAUGUGAUAUAUUUAUACCAAAACAAUAUGGACAAAUUCAAAAUUGUCAACUUUUGAUAAAAAUGAAUUGUGUUACAACAUGGUGUAUAUGGGAUCAUAUUGUCUUCAUGCAGGAUUUUGUAAAUGAAAUUUCAUCGUAUUAUACCGAAGAUUUGGCACAAUUUGUGCCACAAAUUUGGAAUUGUCAAAUUGAAUUUACAAAUGCAAAAUUCAUUUUUGUUGUGAAUGAUAAAAAUUGGGUGGAUGCAAGCAAUCCAUCAAGUAAUUUCUUGAUUGCACUUUUUGCGAAACAAUUUACAAUCAGUUGCAAUUUCAAUAAAACUGAUUUCUGUCCCCAAAUUUGUCAUUGUAAUACGGAAAUGGUUGCAAGUGAAUCGGUUGCAAUUAAAUUUCACAUACCACAACGAAGUACCUUAUCACCAGUAGUACAUACACUUUAUGAUAAUUCAUUUCAUUUUAUCAAAUAUUCAACUAUUAAUGUAUCAACAACAAAUUUUGAUUUUGAUACGAAUUGGUUAGAAUUUUUACGUACACAGCAAAUUACAUUCACUUUUAAUUAUACGUGGCAUCCCAUAUAUCUUCCGUAUAAAAGUGAUUUACCGUUACGGAUUAAACCGAUUGCAAAUCAACAAUAUCCGGCACAUCCGUUUGAGUUAGAACCUGAUUCUGCACAAAUUAAAAUUGUAAUUCAACCACCGGAAAUAUUCAUUUCCGGUUUUGCUUUAUGGAUUGUCAAAAAUUACAUCAACGAUUACUUUGGUUCAUAUAGUCAGCAACAAUCAGAUAUGGAUUCUUAUAAUGCACAUGCAUUGCUUUCCCGAAGACUUUACGGACACGUAAAACACGAAAUUGAAAAAUAUCGGCCAUUGGAUAUGAAAUUAAGUAUUCAAUUUCAGGAUGCUCAUGGGCACUGUCUUAUUCAUACAAUUAAAACAACGGGUAAAAAUCCGGAUAUUUGUCCAACAAUGAAAAUUGACAUUAUGGUUGUAGAAAUAGUACGAAAAAUUCGUGAUUUACGAUUUCAGAUUUUUAUUUCUGGAUUGCAAAUAUUUUUCCGGAAAUCUGAAUCAAUCAGGAAUGUUCAAGAUGGUCAUUUAUCGAUUGAUCAAAUUGCCAUACGGAUGAAUGCAUUUUCAUCUGAAUUAAAUAUUCCAUGGGAUGCUGGUGCUGUUGAAUAUGCAUGUGGAUGGGAAAUAAUUAUAGGUCAAAUUGUAACUAAAAUUGAUCCAAUACAAUUAAUUUGUAUUGCACAAAUGUUGGAAAGUUUUUUGCUAUUAAUUACAGCAAUUGACGAAGAACUUUUAAUUCCACAAAUGUAUGAUAUUUGUCAACAUAUGAAUGAUGUGCGCACUUGUCCAAUUUCAAAUCUUCAAUUGAUUGAUUUGGAAAAUCGCGCCCAGAAUUGCGAACGAGCUAAAAAUUUAAAAUAUAUUUUAUUUCGUGCUAGCAUUGAUUUGAUUAAUAUUAUUAUAAUGGAAGAUUUGGCAAUGAUAUGUAUAUCAAUGGAACCGUGGCGCAUAUGUACCUGUAACUGUCAUGAGUUAUCCUUUUGCGCCAGCUUUUUAUUUGGUAUACUUCAGUUAGAUAUUAAACAAUUUAUCAAAUACUCAUUGUACAAUGAUAAUGAUAAUAAAUGGCUUGAAUGUGGAUCAAUUCAUUUUCAAGAUAUCGAAUUUGAAAUUCGAUUACCAUUUGCAUCUAAAAAUUUAUAUCUUAUAAAUGAACGAAAAAAAUUUCUAAAAAUGCAUGAUGAAUAUACGAAACGAUUAUAUUUUUUAUGGUUAAAUGAAACUAAAUGUGGUUGUUAUGGAAGUUUUGCAUUUUUUGGCGAAGAUGAUUUAAGUGGUUGCAUUUUUAUGGCUGAUUUUAUGCAAAAACUUACACAAUCACAAAUUAAUAAUGAACCUAAGCAACCUGGUUUUGGUCAAAGUAUCAUAGAACCAUCAACAAAGUUAUUUGAAAACAACGAUUUAAACAUUAUUAAUUUUUCCAACGAACAUAAGAAAUUAGGGACAGCAAUUUGUCCAAGCAGUUCGGAUACUUAUACAGAAAUGACUAAGUCUAAGUGCGCUUCUGGUACACUUCUCGAUAUUUAUCAUAAUUUUUUAAAUAUAUAUCAAAUACAGUUCAAAAAUAGCACUGCGACAAAUGCAUCCAAUCAAUUUAAAUUGAUUCGAAAUGGUAUUAAUAAUUUACAUUUAAUUGAUACAAAAUUAGAAAAUAAAAGUAAGGAGAAUAAUAAUUCACCAAAAGAAGAAAUGUCACAAUCAAUAUCGCAUCAUUCUCGAAAAAUGCAAAUGAGUUCAUCGUAUAAUCAACGACCUUUGAACUGGGGCAUUGACCCCAAAGUUAUUUAUGGUUGGGGUAAUAUUUCUUCAAUAACAAAGAUCUUUCUUACACCACUAAGUAUCGAAGUAAUCCAACGACUUACGGAACGAGCGGAAAUGAUUUUAACAGCGCUUAAUCCAAUUUCAAUAAUACAACAUACCUAUGCUUUAUGUGCUUUCAAAUGUCAUAAACAACCAAUUAAUGAGAAAAAUAAUCUUUUCAUUCAAGAUUCAUUAUUACCUGAAGUAAAUGCGCAUUUUGGUUUACCACCUGUUUACAUAACAUUUUUCCAAGGAGCUCGUAUUGAUGAUGAAUUGCUAAGAAAUAAUGCAAAUAAGGACAAUUGCGCCCGCUCUACCAAAAUGCAUUGUACAGUUACGAUGAUUUAUGGCCGAGAAUGCUAUUUAAAUGUUUUCACAAAUAAUCAAAAUAAUAUGCAAAUGAUAUGCUUUGAUACAUAUACACUUUAUCAUGCGCAAUUUGCUAAAAUUGUUUAUACACGAGAAAAAAAACGAUUUAUGGAUAAUUGGAAAACAAAUUUUUUAACAAAUUGGGACAAAUUAGAUUUAUCAAAACGUUUACGACAUAGUAAAUUAAUCAUUCUUAGUGAAUUAAAUGUGCCAAAUAUUUUGCUAAAAGGUUUUAUCAAUCGACAAAAUUUACUCCAUUGGAUUAAUGGUAGUGAAAUUAUCAUUCGUACUGGUGAGCCACGCUUAAGAAUCUCUUCGGGUGAUGAAUGCUUGGAUAAACAAAGCGAUAUAAUAUUACUAAAGUUAGCUGUAGCAUCAUCAUUAAUAUCUUGGUUUCACGUAUUACGUCAAUUUCAAAAAUCAAUUCAUCAUACAUUAGUGAAAUAUAAUGAAUGGCUUGAUUUAUGCAUGUUAAAAGCAUUAAGUGAAGCAUUGGAUUUACGCGAUGAUUUGAUUUUAACAUUAUGUAAAAGUUCAUUAAAUGAUGUAAAACGCUAUGCAAUGGUAAUGAAUGCAUGUGCAAGCUGCAUGCUAAUGCAUUUCUUAUUGCAUUGCACAAUGAAUAAGGAUGAAAAUGAAAGAUUUAAUUAUUGGAUGAAUCAUUCAUUUGAUUUUGAAUCGAUCACUAAUUCAAGAUUUGAUCGAAAAUUUGCAUUAAUUUCAUUAUUGAAUUUAUGGCAUCAAUUACUUGCACCACAUGUUAAAGUUAGUAAUUUGGCGACAGCUAAAAAAUAUUCUCGAGAUUUACCAUCUGAAAAUAUGAAAUCAGUGACAGCUGCUGGUGAAGAUAAAUCAAUGAAGCAAACUACAGGAACAACCGUAUCGAUUCCGGUUUCCGGUUCUAUAGCAAAUUCAGGUGUUAAAGGUAUAACUGAAAAUCUUACAGUGAAACAAUUCAAUACUUUACCGUCUAUAUUUUUUUGGCCUAUCUUUAAGAUUUAUCAUUUAGAUACAAAUAUUUUAUUUAAAUUACCAGUUAAAAGAAUUCAUUUUUCAUUCAAAUUUAUGAUUGGAGAGUUUAAGAUAUAUUUAGUUGAAUUAAUAAGAAAAAAAAAUCAAACAAUUCAACAACAAUCAUUUUUAUUCUUACUUUUGGAUACGAUAACUGUUGAUUCAGCAAUUAUUUAUAAUAUUUUAAUGGAUAAUCAACAAUUGAAUGCAAUAAAGACAUUUUUAACAAUAAACUUUGAAACGCUUUUUCCACGCAUUGAAUUAUUUUGUACGCAAACAGUUUUGCAUUUGCUAAAUGAAUUAUUUCAAAGUGUCGCAUACUGUAUGACAGUAACACCUACCGUAACCUCAGUGAUUCAUUUGGAUGACACACAAAAUUCGAUUAGUAAAACAGCUGAAUCAGUUAUUGUUGAAAAUAGCGAACGAAAACAGCAAAAAUGGAUUGUGACAUUGUUAAAUUUGUUUCGAAAAAACAAAAUGAAUAAUGAAAAGAUUGAAAAACUAAAAUCAAACAUUGCAAAUUUUUCAAUUACCAUUAAUAAUAAUAUUAUUAUUUCUGCAAUCAAAUUUGAAUCAAAAAUUAUGCAUCUGAUCUUGAUGUUACGAAUUUUCAAUAGUAAACUACAACACAACAAUGCAUAUCUUAUAAAUGAACCAAAAAAAACAAUUCAAGAAGUUUCAAUUGCAAUUCAAGAUAUUAAAAUGAUGAUAACCGAGAAGGGAACAACUGAUAUAAAUAUUUUUCAUGGAUCGCUUACUACUGUUACGAGUACAUUUCGAAGAUUGUAUGAAGCGAACAAUUUAUUAAAUACUAUUUGUUUGACUGUGGAAAAUAUAAAAUUAAAUUACAUUAUUGGAAGUUCAUUUAUGAUAAAAGCAGAUGAUAAGAUAUAUAGUGAUAACGAUGAUAAUGAUAAGGAAGAUUAUCAAUUUGCAUCUUCAAUAGCUGAACAACAAUGGAUUAAUGAAAAUGAAAACAUUACAAAGUUUAAUUUUGAUAUGAAAUUAUUACAUGGAGAAAUGAAUGCUAAAAUUUCAUCAAAUGUUACAGCAAAAUAUAAUUUCAAAAAUGCGCAUUGUUUUGGAACUUUUCCUCAAAAGGGUACAAUAUCAAUUGAAAAUCAUUUUAUCACUUAUACAUCAUUUUAUUCCAAAAAAAUACCAAAAUGGAUGCGAUUAGGAAAUUUUUCCAUUAAAUUACCAUCAUUAUUGAUUGUAUAUGAGAAAUGUAUAAAAAAUGAAAAUGAAAUUAUUCAAAUUGAUAAUAAACAAAUUAUAUGCUCUAAUGAAUCAUAUGCUAAUAUUGUUAUCACUGCUGGAAGUUUUGAUCAAUCAAUCAAUACCGAUGUUUUAAAUAUGUUACUUUAUUCGCAUGAAACAGCAAUUGCUGAAUUUGAACAUAUUAUGAGUAUUGUACGUAGUUCAACUGCAUUUCAUCGAAAUUCAAUUUAUAAUUCAUCGUUUCUUUUUCAAUUACAAAUACAAUGUGAAAAUGUUUCACCAUGGUUAAAAUUAACAUUAACUGAUACAACUAAUACAGCAUUACGUAUUACAACCGAAGUUGUUAAUAUGUUUAUUAUUGGUCGAAAUAUUUUAAAUAAUAAUAAGAAUAUUUUUGAGAAACAGAUACGAGGUAAUGUAUCGUUUUGUUUGAAUUUCAAACUUGGACAUAUGAUUCGAAAUGAAGCAUUUGAGGAAGAUGAACUUCGAGAGUUAGCUGAUCUUACAACUAAUUUAACAUUUAUACUUCAGUUCAGUCCUAGAAGUAUUGCUAAUGCUAUUAUCAUUUUCUCUCAUACUGUAAUUUUAUUCAAAUUUCCGGCAAUUAUCAGAGCGAAAGAUAUUUUACGAGAUUUUAGCUUAUCACGUAGUUUUUGGAUGAAACAAAAAAUGCGUCAUACAACGCAAACUGAAAAUGAUUCAUCGCAAAUGACGUCGCAUAGUUCACUUUUGGAUAUGGGAAAUCGUUUAAUAAUGCGAAUAACAUUACUAUUUCGUGAUCGUACAAUAGCAUGCAUACCGCUUUACAGUAACAAUUAUCGAUCAUUUACGUCUGCGCUUCUAUUUGGCGUAAAAGACGCUGAAGCUACGGUUAAAUUUGUACGUGGCGCUAAAGCUGAAGCAAAAUUUAGCGAUUUUAAAAUUGUUUUUGUGGAAAAUUUUGAAAAUUCUAUGGAAGAAUCCUGGAUUGAUGGCCAAGAAAAUACACCAACAAAUUUUACAUUCUUUCCGCAUGGUGUUUGCAAAAUUGUAGUGAAAUCUUCAAAAUCGGAACAAUAUAAACGAGUAGCAUCUGUGCAAUGCUCAAUGAAAGGUCUUAUCUUUGAUAUUGAUAGUCGUAUUGGAAAUUUGAUUGGAGCAGUGUGGAAUACAUGUGCAACAAUUAAUGAAGAUCAAGAUGUAGAUGUAAGUGAAUAUGAACCGAUGAAAAUUAUGACAAGUGAAAUUGAACGAAAUGAUGAUAUUAAUCUGAAAAAUGAAUAUGCGUCCAUUGUUAAACCGGAAAAACGAAUUCGUUGGGUUGAGCAAAAGAUUUAUGAGCAAACGCAGAAAUUAAAGUCACACAUAACAGAUGUCACAUACGAAUGGGAACUACGACGUUUGAAAAAACUUCAAUUAAUUCGAGUGAAACAAUUUAAGGAAUCAAUGCUUGAUCGUUUAAAACGACAAAAAUUACGAGGCAAACAAUUGAAAAAAGCACCAGUUAGAAAGGAUAAAACUAAAGAUGAAGAUGAUGCUGAGGAAAAAUCAGAUAGUGAAUCAGUUACAGGUGAGCAAUCAACAAAAUUUCUUCGAGAAAUUACAUCGAUUGAUCAACCAAAAAGUAAUAUUGUUGGUUCAUCAUUGAAACAGCAUAAAAUUCCUGCUAAAAUCAAUGAUAAUACGAUGAAAACUGAUGAAAAAAUGAACGAUGGAUCAUUUAUAUUUGACAUGCAAUUUUUUGGUGAAGCUGGUGAGUGUAUGCUACGAAAUAGAAUUUCAACUGAAUUUACAAGUACAACAAGUGCUACACCAGAAAAUAAUUUUAAAAGACAUGAUGAUGCAAAUGAAGAUUGCACAAAAAUUUCCUUACCAAGUAUCGAAGCAAAAAUAUAUUAUUCCACUAAUGAUGCAAUCAAUUGUCAUAAAUCAUUCCCAAUAAUAAAAUCAGCAACCACUUCAAUGCCAUAUUUAUAUGUAUCAGCAAAUGUUGCUAAUAUGCCUGAAGAAACAGCACUUACACCAAUUAUUGCCGAUUUUUUUCAGCAAUUAUUGGAAAAUUUACCACAACAAUUUCCUCAGCAAUCAGAAAAUGAAAGUGAUACAAUCAGUAUGACUGAUACAGAAUCAUUAUUAACAUGUAUUCAUUCAAAAUUAAUGAUUAAUAUAUUACUUUCGAUAACUAUUCAGUCUAGUUCACUUCGUUUUGAAGCUCAUCAACAGAGAGCUGGUGCAAUGGAUCUUUUACUACGAUUACCAUCAUUAAAGCUUGUUGCAUCAGCACAUAAUGAUACAAUUAAUAAUGAAUUUGAUAUUUCAUUAAGCUUACAAUCAUUUUCUGUUUGUUUCUAUAAUCCACAUCAGCCUUCACCAUUGGAUGAUUUUUAUUUUAGAUAA